UGGAUGGGAUCCGCAAUUUGGGACCCGCAGCAAAGUCUAUCAUAUUAUCUUGGUACUGAGGAGCGCAGGCUGCCGCUAACCCUCCUCUCCGAGCCGAUCGACGCGAUCGGAGAGGAGAUCGACGGUUUCGGACCUCUUGCGUCUCGAUUCGACGAACUGGAUCCUGGGUUUGUGCUGUCAAGACAACACUUCGCGUAACCCUUGUUGUUCGGAUCCAUGGAAUCCUCCGCUCCGCAGCGGUUUGACAUCUUCGAGGUCUUCGCGAGAUACUGCGAUAUUGUGUCGAAUAAUGAACUUUCAAGCUCAAAGGAGCUGUUAGCUGUGCUUUUAAGAUCAAUGGAGUAUCGGGGGCAAACAAGGGAGACAAUAUUCAGUGACAUCUACAAGCUCAUGACAUGCCUUGACUUGUCUGUCGAUUCUCUUAAGUUCAGUUGCUUUUAUGAUUUUGUCUUCUUCAUUUGUCGUGAAAACAGCCAGAAGAAUAUCACUGUGAAUAGGGCCAUAACAGCAUGGAGGUUGGUUUUGAAUGGAAGGUUCCGUAUGCUGGACCGAUGGUGUAAUUUUGUUGAGAAACACCAGAGGCAUAAUAUAUCUGAGGAUACUUGGCAACAACUCCUGGCUUUUAGCCGAUGCGUGAAUGAAGAUCUUCAAGGCUAUGAUCCAAGAGGUGCUUGGCCUGUUCUUAUUGAUGAUUUUGUUGAGCACAUGUACAGCAUCAAUCAAUCCAAUGAUUGCAGCUCACAGGAUAUAUGUUAUUGUGGCAAUCUAGAAGCACAACCCAGCAUAUCCAACACGUUUAGUGGAUUGAAUUUGCACCCGGGGUCAAAGAGAAAAAAUUCUGCCGAUUUUGAGGAAAACGUUGAUAAAGUUAUAAAAUCUCAGGAAGUCUCGAAAUCUUCGGACUUUUUGGCACAAUCCAAGCGACUAAAGCAGACUUCUUUUAUCGCCAACACUGUUCAUCCGAAUUCUGAUUUAUGUAUGAGCAUGGCCGAUGGUACGUCAGACUACCAGGAUGGAAUGAAUAAGAUAAGUUUUCAAGUACCGGUAGGACCAGUACAUACCAACCGGUAUUCACAGGUUCAACCAAGUCCGCGUACCAGACCAUAUAGAUCAGUACGGGUCGGUAUUUGAUUUUUUUAAUUAUUUUUUGGUGUUAUAGCCAUCCGCUGCCGAAACCGGUUUGAUAAUCUUGAACACAAUUCACGCAAAUUGUCUUCAAGAAUGGCUUUGUGCCAUGGAGAAUGUCCUGUUGGAGAAUGUCCUGUUUUACGCAUGUCUAUUCUCGGUCACUGUCGCGCAAGGUAUGCCAUUGAAGUUCGAGCUUUAACCAUAUGUUUCCUUUUGUAA